CCGCAAAGUCCGGGUUGUGAGGCUGCGCCUCUCUCAGGAUCGCGGCCGUCUCCCCCCGGGGCCGAAGGGAGGGAAUUCCUGUGGGUCUCAGAAGUGCCAAGAGUGCGCGGCAAGACGGGAAAUUGCAAAAGACCUCACCCCUCUGCCCUCCCCCGCGGUUUUCCAGUAACUCCCGCCCCUCCGCGCUUGCCCCGCAGCUGAUUCAUAACCCCGGCCCAAGCCGCCUCUGCACGUCCGCCCCGGCGCCCGCACCCGCGCCCCACGCGCCGCCGAGGACUCGGCCCGGCUCGUGGAGCCCUUCGCCCGCGGCGUGAGUACCCCCGACCGGCCCGUCCCUGCUCUGCUCGCGCUCUGCCGCUGCGCCGCCCUCAGUGGCUUUUCCGACGGGCGAGCCCGGUGCUGCGCGGGAAAGAAUCCGACAACUUCGCAGCCCUUCCAGGCUGGACGCGACCGAGAGUGCAGCCGCCGGUUCCCCUCCUCGGUGCCGCCUCUGCCCAGCGUUUGCCUUGGCUGGGCUACCACCUGCGCUCGGACAGCGCUCGGAGGGUCCUCGCCCCCGGCCCGCCUACCUGAAAACCAGAACUGAUGGCUCUAUCUGCAGUCUUUCAGACAACAUUCUUCUUAACAUUGCUGUCCUUGACUUACCAGAGUGAAGUCUUGGCUGAACAUUUACCGUUGACUCCUGUAUCACUUAAAGUUUCCACCAAUUCUACACAUCAGAGUUUGCAUUUACAAUGGACUGUCCACAAUCUUCCUUAUCAUCAGGAAUUGAAAAUGGUAUUUCAGAUCCAGAUCAGUAGGAUUGAAACAUCCAAUGUCAUCUGGGUGGGGAAUUACGGCACCACUGUGAAGCGGAACCAGGUUCUGCAUUGGAGCUGGGAAUCCGAGCUCCCUUUGGAAUGUGCAACACACUUUGUAAGAAUAAAGAGUUUGGUGGACGAUGCCAAGUUCCCUGAGCCAAAUUUCUGGAGCAACUGGAGUUCCUGGGAGGAAGUCAGUGUACAAGAUUCUUUUGGACGGGACAUAUUGUUCGUUUUCCCUAAAGAUAAGAUGGUGGAAGAAGGCUCCAAUGUUACCAUUUGUUACGUUUCUAAGAACAUCGAAAAUAAUGUAUCCUGUUAUUUGGAAGGGAAACAGAUUCAUGGAGAACAACUUGAUCCACAUGUAACUGCAUUCAGCUUGAAUAGUGUGCCUUUCAUUAGGAAUAAAGGGACAAAUGUCUAUUGUGAGGCGAGUCAAGGAAAUGUCAGUAAAGGCAUACGAGGCAUCGUUCUUUUUGUCUCAAAAGUACUUGAGGAGCCCAAGGACUUUUCUUGUGAAACCCAGGACUUCAAGACUUUGCACUGUACUUGGGAUCCUGGGACGGACACUGCCUUGGGGUGGUCUAAACAACCUUCCCAAAGCUACACCUUAUUUGAAUCAUUUUCUGGGGAAAAGAAACUUUGUACACACAAAAACUGGUGUAAUUGGCAAAUAACUCAAGACUCACAAGAAACGUAUAACUUCACACUCGUAGCUGAAAAUUACUUAAGGAAGAGAAGUGUCAAUAUCCUUUUUAACCUGACUCAUCGAGUUUAUUUAAUGAAUCCUUUUAGUGUCAACUUUGAAAAUGUAAAUGCCACAAACGCCAUCAUGACCUGGAAGGUGCACUCCAUGAGGAAUAAUUUCACAUAUUUGUGUCAGAUUGAACUCCAUGGUGAAGGAAAAAUGAUGCAAUACAAUGUUUCCAUCAAGGUGAACGGUGAGUACUUCUUAAGUGAACUGGAACCUGCCACAGAGUAUAGGGCGCGAGUACGCUGCGCUGGUGACAGCCACUUCUGGAAAUGGAGUGAAUGGAGUGGUCAGAACUUCACCACACUUGAAGCUGCUCCCUCAGAGGCCCCUGAUGUCUGGAGAAGUGUGAACUUGGAGCCAGGAAAUCAUACUGUGACCUUAUUCUGGAAGCCAUUAUCAAAACUGCAUGCCAAUGGAAAGAUCCUGUUCUAUAAUGUAAUUGUAGAAAACCUAGACAAACCAUCCAGGUCAGAGCUCCAUUCCAUUCCGGCACCGGCCAACAGCACAAAACUAAUCCUCGACAGGUGUUCCUUCCAAAUCUGCGUCACAGCCAACAACAGUGCGGGCGCUUCUCCUCCUUCUGUAAUAGUCAUCUCUGCAGACCCCGAAAACAAAGAGGUUGAGGAAGAAAGAAUUGCAGGCACAGAGGGUGGAUUCUUUCUGUCUUGGAAACCCCAACCUGGAGAUGUUAUAGGCUAUGUUGUGGACUGGUGUGACCAUACCCAGGAUGUGCUCGGUGAUUUCCAAUGGAAGAAUCUAGGUCCCAAUACCACAAGCACAGUCAUUAGCACAGAUGCUUUUAGGCCAGGAGUUCGAUACGACUUCAGAAUUUAUGGGUUAUCUACAAAAAGGAUUGCUUGUUUAUUAGAGAGAAAAACAGGAUACUCUCAGGAACUUGCUCCUUCAGACAACCCUCACGUGCUGGUAGAUACGUUGACAUCCCACUCCUUCACUCUGAGUUGGAAAGAUUACUCUACUGAAUCUCAACCUGGUUUUAUACAAGGCUACCAUGUCUAUCUGAAAUCCCAGGCGAGGCAGUGCCACCCACGAUUUGAAAAGGCAGUUCUUUCAGAUGGUUCAGAAUGUUGCAAAUACAAAAUUGACAACCCGGGAGAAAAGGCAUUGACUGUGGACAACCUAAAGCCGGAAUCCUUCUAUGAGUUUUUCGUCACUCCAUUCACUAGUGCUGGCGAAGGCCCCAAUGCUACAUUCACGAAGGUCACGACUCCGGAUGAACACUCCUGGAUGCUGAUUCGUAUCCUACCGCCCAUGGUUUUCUGUGUCUUGCUCAUCACGGUCAUGUGCUACUUCAACAGUCAGUGGAUCAAGGAGACCUGUUAUCCUGACAUCCCUGACCCUUACGAGAGCAGCAUCCUGUCAUUAAUAAAAUUCAAGGAGAAGCCUCACCUAACAAUAAUGAAUGUCAGUGACUGUAUCCCAGAUGCUAUUGAAGUUGUAAGCAAGCCAGAAGGGACAAAGAUCCUAGGCACUAGGAAGUCACUCACAGAAACCGAGUUGACCAAGCCUAACUACCUUCAUCUCCUUCCAACAGAAAAGAAUCACUCUGGCCCUGGCCCCUGCAUCUGUUUUGAGAACUUGACCUAUAACCAGGCAGCUUCUGACUCUGGCUCUUGUGGCCAUGUUCCAGUACCCCCAAAAGCCCCACGUAUGCUGGGACUAAUGACCUCACCUGAAAAUGUACUAAAGGCGCUAGAAAAAAACUACAUGAACUCCCUGGGAGAAAUACCAGCUGGAGAAACAAGUUUGAAUUAUGUGUCCCAGUUGGCCUCACCCAUGUCUGGAGACAAGGGCAGUCUCCCAACAAAUCCAGUAGAGCCACCACACUGUUCAGAGUAUAAAACGCAAAUGGCAGUCCCCGUGCGUCUUGCCUUGCCUCCACCGACCAAGAAUAGCAGCCUCUCCUCAAUUACACUUUUAGAUCCAGGUGAACACUACCGCUAACCAGCAUGCCGAUUUCAUACCUUAUGCUACGCAGACAUUAAGAAGAGCAGAGCUGGCACCCUCUCAUCACCAGUGGCCUUGGUCCUUAAUCCCAGUACGAUUUGCAGGUCUGGUUUAUAUAAGACCACUACAGUCUGGCUAGGUUAAAGGCCAGAAGCUAUGGAACUUAACACUCCCCAUUGGAGCAGGCUUGCCCUAGAGAUGGCAGGAUCAUGGGAGUGUGCUUACCUUCUGCUGUUUGUUCCAGGCUCGCCUUUAGAACAGGAGACUUGAGCUUGACAUAAGGAUAUGCAUUAACCACUCUACAGACUCCCACUCAGUACUGUACACGGUGGCUGUGGUCCUAGAAGUUCAGUUUUUACUGAGGAAAUAUUUCCAUUAACAGCAAUUAUUAUAUUGAAGGCUUUAAUAAAGGCCACAGGAGACAUUACUAUAGCAUAGAUUGUCCAUGUAAAUUUACUGAGCGUGUUUUAUAAAAAACUCACAGGUGUUUGAGGCCAAAACAGAUUUUAGACUUACCUUGAAGGGAUAAGAAUCUGUAGUUCACUGACACAGUAAAAUUAACUCUGUGGGUGGGGGCGGGGGGCAUAGAUCUAAUCUAAUAUGUAAAAUGUGUGAUGAAUCAACAAGAUUUCCACAAUUCUUCUGUCAAGCUUACUACAGUGAAAGAAUGGGAUUGGCAGGUAACUUCUGACUUGCUGUCAGUUGUACUUCUGCUCCAUAGACAUCAGUAUCCUACCAUCAUUUUUUAUGACUACCCCAGAACAUAAAAAGGAAAGUAUAUCACAUAAUUCCAUUCACAGUUUUUGGUUCCUCUUUUCUUUCAAGAACUAUAUAUAAAUGACCUGUUUUCACUUAGCAUCCUUUGGACUCUGCAGUAGGUUGUCUGGGUCAAGAUAACUCUCAGUCACAUUUAUAUUCAUAUUAUGCUAAAAUAGUAAAAUGAAAGCUCAUUGUUGGACAUAAUUUAGAUAUAACUAAAAAGUUCUAUGGAGUGGGAAAUUCCAUGUUGGCUCUGGAGCAACUUUGUCUCCUCUGAACCAAUAUAUUCCAAACCAAUAUAUGCAAAGCACCUGGUACGCAACUGGUAUUUUAGUACAUGUUGGUUCUUUUGGUGCAAUCUCAGCUCACUGCAGCUUCCGCCUCCUGGAUUCAAACAGUUCUCCUGCCCCAGCCUCCGGAGCACCUAGGACUCCAGGUGCAUGCUACCACACCUGACUAGUUUUUAUAUUUUUAGUAGAGAUUGGGUUUUACCAUGUUGGCCAGGCUGGUCUCAAACUCCUGACCUCAGGUGAUCCACCUGCCUCGGCUUCCCCAAGGGCUGGGAUUACAGGUGUGAGCCACCAUGCCCAGCCUAUUAUUUGUCACAUUGUCACAUUUAUUUUACUUUUAUUUUUUGAGACGGAAUUUCGCUCUUGUUGCCCAGGCUGGAGUGCAAUGGUGCAGCCUUGGCUCACUGCAACCUCCGCCUCCCAGGGUCAAGCAAUUCUGCUGCCUCAGCCUCCCGAGUAGCUGGGAUUACAGGCAUGCACCACCACACCCAGCUAAUUUUGUAUCUUUAGGAGAGACAGGGGUUUCACCAUGUUGGUCAGGCUGGUCUCGAACUCCUGACCUCGGGUGAUCUGCCUGCCUUGGCCUCCCAAAAUAUUGGGAUUACAGGUGUGAGCCACUGUGCCUAGCUGUCACAUUUCUAAACAAGCACGAAAGGGGUUUUUUUGUCUUCUUGCCUGCCGUCAGCAUGUUGGAAAUGGCUCUGUCUAUGCUUAUGCCUCUGGUGCCCAAUGCCUUGCACUGUGCCAUUCAACACUAUGAAGAGAAACAAGUAGCCACACCUCAAAAUAAUGUGGCUGUCAACUGGCCUAAAUAAACCUACACAAACCAGUACUUGCUUUCUGCUGGAAACAUUGAUUAUGUGCUCCUCACGUAGUAGAAAGCGGUAUCCUGAUUAGUCUAACAGUUGUGUUAGACUUUAGGGCCAGUAUUGUCAGCAUUUAUUUAUUUAUGUACCAUUGUUAUGAUGAUGGGAUUAUAUUUUUCAUUUGACUCUUCACGAAAAUGUCAAUGACAUUGAUGACUGGUUUGUACAUUUUUCAUAUAGUUUUGUUUAAAAAAUAAUUCACACAAAACCUUGAAGUCAUUUUUGCUAUUGAAAUAAACCUUAAAAUAUUUCAUCAUCACAUUGUGUUUUAUCUCCCUCAAUAAAAUGAAAAUCAAUCUAGUAAUUACUCACUUUAGAUGAUACAUCACCUCGUGAACUUACUAAAUAAAAAUGUAAAUUCCUGGAUAUGACUACAAACCUCUUAAUCAGAAUCUUUCUUUGGGGCAUGGACCUGGAAUCUAUUUUUUAUCAGUUCCCAGGCAUUCAUCUACACACUAAACUUCGAGAAUCACUCGCCUAAAUCAAAUGAAGUCUUUCUGAAAUAAUAUAACAACAUGCCAGUAGGAAAUG